AUGAAAGCUGUUGUGGAAGGCGGAAUCGAUGGAUUUCGAAGCAAAUAUUGCACUAUUGGCAACCUUUUGACUCUAAACCAACUGCUAGAGCGCGCUAGGGAGCAUAAUUUACCCUCCGGUGUCUUUUUCGAUGUCUUUUUCGACGGUGUCCUUUUCGUCGACUUUGAGAUGACACCCGACAACGUGGAACUCAACGCUGUCCUGAAAGAUCCUGUGGAAGGCGGAAUCGAUGAAAGUUGUGUCGAAAUCAUGAAAGAAGCGAUACAGGAUAUUUGA